AUGGCAGGCAGAGGACUAUUUGGGCUUGCGUCCCUCAUCCUCAUCGCAGGCGGUGUCCUGCUGAUGCUCUUCAUCCUGCUCGCCGGAGCCAUCGACGGGAAUCCGGUUAAUCGCUGGUACCUCCUCGAAGCGGAUGUGUCGGGCAUCCCGAAUGCGCCGAACGGUAUUGCAAGAUGGUCAUACUGGAACGUCUGCCCCGUUGACGGGGACCGAACGGCCUGCGGCGACGCAGACUACGAGAAGGUGCACCCUGCCUUCCCUCUGGAUCCGGCUAGCCACAGGACUUUCGACACGACUGUCAACGUUCCCCAGAAUUUCGUUGACAAUCACGGCUACUACUUCUACCUGACGAGGUUCAUGUUCGCAUUCAUGCUCAUCGCGCUGUUCUUUGCUGUCAUGGCCUUGUUCACUGGUCUGCUGGCCCUCUGCACACGCAUCGGCGCAUAUCUAUCUGGGCUUCUUGCUUUCAUCGCCUUGUUCUUCCAGCUCAUCCAGGCAUCCCUAAUGACUGCCGCCUACGUCAAAGGCCGAAACAACUUCCGUGAUGCCGAUCGGAGCGCGAAGAUUGGUCAAUAUGCCUUCGGUUUUGAGUGGGCAGCAGCAGCUUGCUUCCUCCUUGCAACGAUCCUUUUCUGCCUUGGCGGCCGAGGCGACAAGAAUACCAAGACCUAUUCGUCAGGGCGCCGCAACUUCUUUAAGGGCAAGCGCAGCACCAGCACGCGCAGCCGCGGAAGCUUCAUCAAUGGCAACAAGGAGUACUCGACAUGA